AUGCGGCGCGGUCUGUCUGCCCCCGGGGCGAAAGCAAGGACGAAGCUGGCGGCGGAGAAGCGGGCGGCGUCCGAAGCAUCGGCGGCGGAUCUGGCCCAGCAAGCGGAGGAUGCAAAGAUACGGGCGGAGCAGCAGGCGGCGGCUGCGGAGGCGGCGUCGGCCGAGCUUGCAGAGACGGCGAAGAAGCUGGCGGCGUCCGAGGCAUUGGCGGCGGAUCUGGCCAAGCAAGUGGACGACGCGAAGCGGGACAAGGCCGCGGCAGCAGCGGCGGCGGCCGAGGCGGCAGCAGAGGCGGCGGAGGCGGUGAAGAAGCCGGCGGCGCCCGAGGCAGCGCCGGCGGAUCUGGAAGCGAGGCAGCUCAUCGACACCGACCUCGAAGCAGGCACUGUCGGACGCUCGAUUGGACUGCCCAAGUUCAAGAAGGUGCGAGCGGCAAGCGACGGCGGCGGGCCGUACCAGCAGCUGAUCGAUGGCGAUAGCCGCAUCCGGAUGACCAAGGGCUUCCUGGCGGCACUGCUGACGACAAACACUUGCUGCGCAGCCUUUUUGGGCAUGGUCCUUGUUGUGCUGUACCAGCAUUCGUACGCAAGCGGUGUCGGUGAGGUGCAGCCGCGCCCCCCACCUCCCCCGAUCAGCAGCUACGACUACGACUACGACGUAGCCCCACCUCCCCCAACCAGCAGCUGCGCGAUUUACCAUGCCGGUGCGGCCGUUCUCGAGGGCGUCAUGCACACGAUGACGGCCGAUGGGCUCACGGAGGUGGAAACUGAAGAGCGCGAGAUCGUAACGGAGGAGCGCAUCGGUUUCAGCAGCCCCUUCGCCCCCACCUUCUUCGACUUCGAGUGCCUGCUUGCCAACGGCACGGGCGAUCCGUGCGACGCGUACGUGGCCGAGGCCUUCGCAGACCAGAUGUUCGUUCCUCUGCGCACCGACUCACUGGUGGGGCUCUGGCUCUCCACGAUCUUCCUCUACUCGCUGGCUCAGAUUGGUGGCAUCCCGCGGCCACGGUUUGUUGACCGCAGGAUCGACUGGCCCGGGCUCGUCUUCUGGCUCUCUUGGAUGUUGACGCAGCUGUGCCAGUUCUUCGUGGUCGGGCUUUCCCUGGCUAUGCAGGUUGUCGCCUUCUUCGGCGUGCACGAGCGCACCGGGCCUUGCAUGGUCAGGGUCGACAACUUUACGCUGCUGGACGAGUACGCGACGGUCACGUUUGCGGCGCAGCCAGCGCUUCUUAGCAAGCUGCUGCUUCUCGUCGUGUACGGGUACCUGCUGUCGCUCGGCGCGCUCGUGUUCAUUGGGCGCAACGUGAACGAGGUUGACUUUAAAGCUGAGGCCAGCAAGACCAACACGAGCCUCGUGCAGCCGAUCCCGCUUGCGAGCGUGCUCUACUUCAUCUCGCGGUGGGCGUUGUACGGCAUCUGCCUGGGGACCGUCGGCGGGUGGCUUGGUGGGCCGGUCGCCUCGUGGGCGGCCGCGCUGGUUGCGGCAGCUGUGGGCUCGCUCACGGGAGGAUUCAGGCGAGAUUCAUUUGUAAUCGUGGACGAGGAAGACGAGGAAGGCGUGUCGCUGUCUCGCGCAAAAAUCGCCAAGUGCGCCCUUGGCGUUCUCCUCGCUUUGCCGAUCCUGCCGAAUCUUGUCUACCUACCAUUGGGCGGGCUGUUCUUUGCGUUUGUCAAGCUAAGCUUUGCCGCCGGGCGGAAGUCGCUCGAUCUGAUUGAGUCAACAGCUACGUCGGAGUGGCCCCGCUGCCAACGGCUCGAGGCACUGACCAAGGCCGCGGCCGCUGCCACCAAGCCGGCCAUCAGCUGGCUCGCCCCGCUCGGAAGCCUCGAGCUGUCCAGCGGCAUGUCAAUGGUGGUGCAGGGGCUGGCGUACACCGAGACGAGCCUCUCGACGCUGGCGGGCGGACUGGCUUGCGUGCUGGGCUGCCUCGCGCUCUCCCCACUGGUUGCAUACGGCACGUGGGCGGCGGAGCAAGGACGGCUCGAGCCCGAUUACGAUGUCGAGGACAGCGUGGUGGACGCGGUGCAGGCACGGGCGUGGAUACUGUGGCUCCUGGUGGCCACGCCCGUGGUGCUGUUUGUGGUGGAUAUCUGCUUUAUGAAAGACAAGCUCCUCCGCCAAAGGUGCAAGAAAGGCGGCAUCUACCUCUCGUUCACAAGCGACGCAGACCUCAACGUGGUCCUCACCGUCUACGUCAUCUUUCUCCUCGCGCUCGGCUUCCUCAUCCUCUUCACCUCGCAGGACGACGCGUACAUCGAGCGCGUCAUCUGGCACGCACAGGUUGUAUACGGCGACUCCUUUGCGUUCCUCGCCACGUUGCAGCUCGACGUGUCGGGUCUGCAGCCCUUUAUCGACAGCCUGAUGGCGGACAUGGUCGCCUUCACAGGCGAUCCUUUGGGGGCAGCGCAAAAGGUCGCCGAUCGUCUGGCCGAGAUCGCAGCGGAUCCGCUGGCGCCUGUCAGAGAGGUGGUCGAGGUGGUUGCCAACAUGUCACGCUAUCUGGAGAUCGACCCGUCCUACUUUGUUGAACACUCGGCGGCGCUCGACGUUCUGAAUGUAUCUCUGGGGCUGCUCAAGCUGCUGGCCACCUACGGACGCAAGGCGUUUGCGCUCUACGAUGUGGUGCUGAGGCUAUUUCGCGGAGAUAAUGAGGAGGGAGACGAGGAGGACGACGGGGUGGUGCAGGUGCACGAGUGCGUGGCGGAUCCGAAGAAGGCGCAGGUAGAAGCAGACAUCGAGCUGCUCUGCCAACGAGGUGUUUACUUGGACGAGAAUUCGUUGGACUUGUCGAACGCGCGCCUUGCUGAUGGGGAGGUGGCGACAAUUGCUCUCUGGCUGAAGGACAAUGCGGUGCUGACCAACCUGAGCCUCUACUACAACCAUAUCGGCGACGAGGGCGCCAAGGCGCUGGCAUCCGCUCUGCGCGUCAAUGAGGUGCUGAAAACCCUCGACCUCGGCGAAAACGAGAUCGGCGACAAGGGCGCGAAGGCGAUCGGCGGCGCUCUCACAGUCAACGGGGUGCUGAAAAGCAUCGACCUCAGCGACAACAACUUGGGCGAUGAGGGGGAGAAAGCGAUUCACGAUGCGGUGAGCGGGCGGGAAGGUUUCCAGCUCGAGAUGUGA